GGACGCCUCAACCUGAUCCAACCCUCACCGAAAGUGUUUAAAAGACACAGGAGUGAAGGCAGGAUACUUCGGUGAAAGCGGACGUCGUGGAAGUUGUCGCGAUGGAUUUCUGGGUGAAGCAGGCGGUUCUGUUCAUUCUCAGCAUCUCGAUGUCCACCAAGAUGGCAUAUUUGCACCACACUGGUGAGAAUUCCACGCAUCAUCACCAGGACCUGGAGGACCUGGAGGCCCGUAUCACCGCAUUGGAGCAUCACCUGGAGGAUGAAGAGAGCCAUGAUCAUCUCCACGCCGUUGUCUUUGCCGCCAUUCGCGGGCCCACGAGCAGCCCACCGAAUACAGGGGCCACUAUCGUCUUCGACCAGGUGCAGCUGAACCGAGAGGGAGGAUACAAUGCCAGCACCGGGAUCUUCACUUGCCCCGAAGAGGGCACUUACUUCUUCGCCUUUUCUUUCCUGCCCGGGCGGGACGAGGCCAACACCACCGUAGCCUUGGUGAAGAACACGGUCGUCCACGAGCGCCUCUACAGCAGUCUCCCGCUCGGCGCCACCCAGUUGUCUGAGCGAAGCUGCCUCUUACAGCUGGAGAAGGGAGAUCAGGUGUGGGUGAAACUGGAAGAGGGGUCUGUGUUGAUACACCAGGCCUCCUUGUCCUUCCAGGGGUUCCGCAUCUCCAGUUAAUCCUCUCCCCUUGCUUGGGUAGAACUCAUUCUCUCUCCCUCUGUUCCUACCUGCACCCUCUCUCCUUCCACCUUAUGGAAUCCUUGCAGCCAUUGUCUUUAAUUAGAAUUCCCACUACCCGGAACACGCACUUGUGAUUUCUUUUGCCAUCCCCCAUGUUAUCAAUAAAAAUAUCAGGUUAG